AUGAUAUCUCUUAGGAAACUUCCUCUAUUCAUCUUUGUUGUAUACUCCUGGCAAUGUUCCGGCAACUAUGUGAGUGCAUUAAGCACAUUAAACGAUGAUGAUGCUACUUCUAUGGAAAGUCUAUUUACAAAAGUGCAGAAGACCAAAUUUGAUAAGAAUGGGAACUCUGACAAAUUAACCAAUUAUGACAAUUCCAUGGAAAGUCUAUUUACCAAAAUGCAGAAGACCAGAUUUCCCCACUAUUCCGAUGACUUGUUCACCAAUUAUGACACUUCUAUGGAAAGUCUCUUUCCCCAAAUGAGAGAUAUUCAUGGUAAUGACCAUGACUACUUCCACCAUAAUGGUCGUCAUCAUCCUCAUCAUCAGCAUCAUCAUAAUGGUCAUCAUUAUGAUGACAAAUCAACGAAUUAUGACAGUUCCAUGGAAAGUCUCUUUCCCAAAAGGAGAGAUUUUCAUGGUGAUUAUGAGGAUACUAUAUCCACAGAUACUUACUCACAAAAAGGUGGAUACGUCGACAAACAUAACUACAAUUUUGGCGAAGAUUUCUAUCAUGUAAUGUACAAAAAUAAUGGAUAUGAAAAGACAAAGGCAAAGGCCAAAACAGGAAUACAUUUACCCAUGUUAGAUGAAUAUUCCAUAGAGGAACAUGAAUAUUAUAACAAUUCUAAAAAUGGUAGGAGAAUUAAUAGUGUAAAGCGGAAAACAUACAGGAAUAUAUCUUCUAUACGCAAGUUCUUUAACAAAAUCGAUGCCAAGCUCGAAUCAGAAAUUAGACGUUAUUUGGAUAUGAAGGAAGGGGGAAAACAUUGUUAUCCAAUUAGAAAAGUAAAUGGGGCACGGAAAUUUUUUAAUAUUCUCAGCAAGUAUAGAGUGUUCGUUCCUCUUGGUGUGCUUGGAAUAUUUUCCCUGUUAAUUUUAACAUCCCUUCUAAAAAUAAAAUUCCUCGCCACAAUGUCCUCAUUGCCCGCUUCGACUGGUUUAGUUUCAUCCAACGCGCCAUUUAUCCUUCCCGUACUCUCUGCUAUGCUCUAUGUACUGCCCCUUGUGGCCGUUCCUGUAGUACUCAUUGGAUAUGGCCUUCUGUUAUUUUACUACAUACGCAAAUUGAAGAAAAUGAGACGCUCAAGGAAAUAUAUAUAA